UAAAGGAAUGCGGACAAUGACGAUUGCCAAGGCCAUUGCCACGCCUACAAUGUUUGACAACCAGCUGUCUUCGAUCUCGACUUCAUCGUGAAUGGUGCUUCUUGCUCUGCUCAUGCAUCUUGAUAGCGGAAUUCUCAAUGAUGCUGGGUGAGAUGCAUUCAUGUUGACUCUUGGCUGAUCGAUCCGCGAUACUCGGCGACCCAAGUUCUUCGUUGCACGGAGCUCCGACCCUGGGAUGGAUACCAAGGACAAUAGAGAGUUCGACCAGAAGCCUCUUUACCAGGAUCCUCAAACAUGCCCGGACACGAGUCGACGCCGCCAAACAGUCCGCCGAGAGCCGUCUCUCUGGCUAGGGCUAUAUCGCCAACUUGGUGCAUAUUUUUGUUUGUUUCUGGCUUCGGUCCUCGUCACUGCUCUGGUUCUGCGGUCAUUCCUACCGGAGGGUUCAAUGCGGUGGUCGCCUCCAUGGUUUGAUGUAGCUGGACAAUUCGGCGAGACUCAGAUGCACGGGGACCGCUAUCUAAUCGGGGUUGGAAAAGCCGACAUCACGGGUCCCGUGGUUGAAGUCAACCUGAUGGGUUAUGCAGACCCCAAGCAAGUCGGCAGUGGUUUACGCCAGCGCCUCUAUUCGCGGGCCUUCAUUGUGGGGAGCGUCGACCGGCCCGAGGAGAGGUUUGUCUACUUGGUGCUCGAUACGCAGUCAGGCGACACGGCUAUUCGAUAUGGGAUCCUCAACGGCCUCAAGGAGCUCGGUCCGUCCUACCAUGUCUACAGCCAACACAACGUUGCCGUGACUGGCACCCACUCGCAUGCUGGGCCGGCAGGUUGGCUGAACUAUCUACUGCCUCAAAUUACCAGCAAAGGGUUCGACCGUCAAGGAUACCGCGCGAUCAUUGAUGGCGCAGUUCUGUCCAUCCGCCGGGCUCACGAGACCCUGCAGCCAGGAUAUCUGAGCAUUGGUACCACCAAGGUCCACGGUGCCAACAUCAAUCGCAGUUUGUUCGCGUACCUCGCCAACCCAGAACACGAACGCGCCAAAUACAACGUCAGCAGUGAAGACGAUGGCUCCGUUGAGAAGGACAUGACACUGCUCAAGUUCCAGCGAGCUUCAGACGGCAAGAACAUUGGUGUUUUGACUUGGUUUCCUACCCACGGGACUUCGCUACUGGGCAACAACACGCUUAUUGCUGGCGAUAACAAGGGCGUUGCGGCCUAUCUGUUCGAGAAGAGCGUUCGUGGCGAGGCUACAGCAGCCGAGGAUUUCGUGGCCGGGUUCUCGCAAGCCAACGUCGGCGAUACAAGCCCAAAUGUCCUGGGGGCAUGGUGCGAGGAUGGGUCAGGGGCAAUGUGCAGCUUCGAGAACAGCACCUGCAGCGACGGUCGAUCACAACACUGUCAUGCCAGAGGCCCAUUGUUCAGAGUCAAAGACAACGGAGCAAGCUCGUGCUUCGAGAUUGGGAGACGCCAGUUUGAGGCGGCCUGGAACAUCUAUGACCGUCUCGCUGAAGAAGGGAGCCCCGUUCGUGGGCCAUCAGUCAAAUUUUUCCACACCUUCCACAACAUGUCCAGCUUCUCAUUCCUUCUCCCGAACGGCUCUGAGGCUCACACAUGCACGGCGGCACUCGGGUAUUCAUUCGCCGCUGGAACGUCCGACGGUCCUGGGGCAUUCGACUUCACACAGCACUCGGGCAACGAAAACACCACGUCACCCGUAUGGAGAGUCGUGUCACACUUUCUAAAGGAGCCUUCCGCUGAACAACGAGCAUGCCACAGCCCUAAGCCUAUCCUUAUGGACGUCGGUGAAAUGUAUAAGCCAUACCAAUGGACGCCCAACAUCGUCGACGUGCAGGUGUUUCGUGUUGGGCAGCUGGUGAUUAUCGUCAGUCCGGGUGAAGCCACCACUAUGGCCGGUCGACGGUGGAAGGAAGCCGUGGCACACGCUUCGGCGGCCCUUUUCCAGCAGGAGACGGUACCUGCUCUUCCGUUCUCCUCCCCGGUUGUGGUCCUUGGCGGCCCUGCGAACAGCUACACGCACUACAUCACCACUGAGGAAGAAUACGCAAUCCAGCGCUACGAAGGCGCCUCCACCUUGUACGGUCCACACACGCUGGCGGCAUACAUAAACGUGACGCUGUCAAAUCUGAACUAUCUGGGCGCUAGCGCCGCACCUCCCCCUUCGCACGAGGACAAGGGACUGUUCCCCCCGGACAACUCAAACCGGUCGCUUUCGUUCAUCCCGGCCGUAGUGCGGGACGGGACACCGCUCUUCACACACUUUGGUGAUGUGCUCCUGGACGUGAACGGGGUCUAUCGCCGGGGGGAGAAGGUGAAUGCCGUGUUUGUUGGGGCCAAUCCGAGGAACAAUCUACGGCUUGAGGGGACGUUUGCCGCGGUGGAGCAGUUGAGCCUACUAAACGGGAAGGAACAGAAUUGGACGCAGGUGAGAAGCGAUGAGGAUUGGUCUUUGGUGUUCAACUGGUGGCGGACAAACGAGAUCAUGGGGACUAGCGAAGUUGAGAUUGUCUGGGAGACGGAGGACUGGGCUGAGCGGGGCGUGUAUCGGAUCCGGUAUUAUGGCGACGCAAAGAGCUUGGGAGGGAAUAUAGAGGCGUUUGAGGGCACGAGUUCGGCGUUUACACUGGUUUAAACUGCACAGGCAGGGGAUGGGAUAGGGUUGAACGGCACUAGGUAUGGGCGGUACAUGAAAUAUCCCGCGCGGAGUUCUGUCUUUCGGUUUUGCUCAAUUCCAGUGGAUAUUCGCAAGAUAGGAUAACGUUAUGAGCAGAGUUUCAAUGACUAAUGCGAACAAAGGUAGCAUCACG